ACAAAACGGGCGGUAAAAGCGGCGCUCCGAAGCUCUUAAAUAAGUUAAUUCCGACUAAUUAACUAUUUGGCAGGCAAAAUAAUUGUUCAAAGCCAGUGUGCCGCAAGUGUUUUAAUUGUAAAAUGCGCGACGCAAAGAGAUGAAAACGAAAGCAGCCAGCCGGGCAUUGCAGAUUUUUCCAUCACUUUUCGGGCAUUGAAAACGAGUGCUAAAAAUACACAAAAAAAACAACCACAGCAACAAACAACAUUGCCAAGUAUUAGCAAACAAAACUGCGUAAAUACGGUGGAUGAGAGAAAUAAUAGAAAGAAAGUAGCACACACAGCCAAAAGGCAGGGGAAAAUUCAAUAAACCCCAGCACCAGCAGCUGCAGCUGGCCCUUUGACGUCACGGCCAAUCAGCUGUUGGCUCGGCCCGAGGAGCACCCAAAGCCAUGACGUGCAAAUAGUAACCUUUAACCUACACACACACUCCUGAGUAUUUCCGCCAUGGAUAGCGCCAUGUAUUAUGCCAAGGAGCGACUGGCGGCGGCCAUCACGGAGGCCACGGUCGUGGCCAUGAACUCCAGUUCCUCCACUUCCACCCCCAAUGUCACCGCAUCACCACGCACCGACGAUGGCGGCGUCUCCAUGAACAACUUCUAUCCGGCGCUGGUCCAGUGCUUUGGCAUUAUCAUUUGCGGUUACAUUGCCGGCCGCUUCAAGAUCAUUAGUAAUGCGGAAACCAAAGGAUUGGGCACCUUUGUGGGCACUUUUGCUUUGCCCUCGCUGAUCUUUCUGUCGCUGGUGGAGCUCAACUGGAAUGCUGUCAACUGGAGCUUCCUUCUGGCCAUGCUGGUGUCCAAGGCUGUGGUGUUUUUCUCGGUCCUGAUUAUCUCCCUGCUGGUGGCCCGACCUUUGAACUAUGCCAGAGGAGGAUUAAUGGCCAUAUUCUGUACUCAGAGCAAUGAUUUUGCUAUUGGUUAUCCCAUAGUUAUGGCUCUCUACAAGGAUGUCCAUCCAGAAUAUGCUUCUUAUCUGUACCUAAUGGCUCCCAUUUCGCUGGCCAUACUAAAUCCCAUUGGUUUGGUGCUCAUGGAGAUCUCCAAGAUUGUUAGGAACAAAGAGGAAGUGACCCGCAAUCCGCCACUCUGUCCGGAAACCUGUCCCGCCGAGCAGAUGGCCAAACGCAAUCGCUGUCUCGGCGAGCGUUCAAUUCUGGUGUUCAACACCAUUGUGGCGCUGUUCUUCAAUCCUCUGCUGCUUAUGACCCUGCUGGGUGUAGCUGGUGGCUUCCUCUUUCCCCAUGGUCUGCCCGAAAUGGUGUCCAGUACUCUGCGAACCCUGGGACAGAGUUUUUCCGCCACCGCCUUGUUCCUACUGGGUCUGAAGAUUGUAGGAGGAACGGGUUCAGAGCGGAAAAGCACUGGCUUCCUCUUACCCGGCGUUCUCAUAUUGGUUAAGAUACUGGUGCUUCCGCUGGUCAUCCGUCAGACGGUUAACAUUAUGCAGUCCGGCCAGAACUUCAAUGACACUACAGAGUUGAGCACCUUUGGCUUUCUCUAUGGCACCUUCCCAGCUGCCCCCGGGGCCUUUGUCAUUGCCACACAGUACAACAUGGAGGUGGAAUUGGUUGCUCGCAGCAUGGUUUUUUGCACGUUCAUCUCGGCUCCAUUGAUGUUUAUCUCAGCGAAAAUGAUCUCGCUGACGAAUCUGAAGCCACUGGAUUAUCUGCACGAGCUGGAUGCCUUUUCGUUUGACAUUAGCGUGGCUGGAGCCGCAGCAUGUUGCUGUAUGUUAGCCCUGUUGAUUGUGACGAAGCGAUUUAGACGUAUGCCACAGAGGAUUACUUUUUGUCUGGUGCUGUCGCAGCUCAUGUGUUGCAUAGGCGUUAUACUGUGGUCCAAGAUGGAUCAUGUCCACCGUUGGCCCUUGUACCUGCAGUUCUUCCUCUUCAACAUAGGGACUUAUAGCACUCGCCUGUGGACGGGUCUUUUAGCCAUUUCCCUGCUCUUCCUGCAGUGUCGCAGCUUGUGUUUUGUGCUGAAAUUGUGGCCCUAUAUGUUGGUGUUUGCCUGGGGUGUGCCAGCCUUAAUUUCGGGCCUUUUGGUGGCCUUCGACUCGAACGUGAUGUCGGGAGAAAAGCAUAAUCCCAGCUUUCAGUAUGGAAAUGCCCAGGCAGCCAUUUCGGUGUUUAUGCUUGUCAUGUGUUUUAUAGUCACUGUGGGUUGCUUGGUGCUGCAUCAGCGUUAUAAGAAACGCUAUGAAAAGUACAUGACUUAUGCACGUGAGUUGUCCAAUCCGGAGUCGGAAUCAUCUGACCUGCACUCGACCAUAUCAACCACCAAUUUGCUGAGUCAAACGGAUCAUGCCUCCAUUCGGCAAAGUGUACGCACUACCUCUUAUUCCUCCUCUUCGGACGAUGAUGAAAUGAUACCAACAGCUGCGGGAUUGCCCGCAAGCAGGAAUAGUGCAGGAGCAGGAUCUGGAGGAAGUGCAGGCGGUGGCGGCGGCGGUUGUGGUUCGGGCAAUGGCACUUGCUGCUCGGGUGGCGGUUCGGUAACCACCCCUUCAACCACCAGUACUGUGGUUGUGGACAUUGAGGAUCUGUUGAAUCGAACACGUCAGCGGGCCAACAAGGAUCUGGAUAAGAUAGAGGCGGCACCGCGUACAGAAGAAAUUCGCAAUCAAAUGUGCAGCAGCUCCUUUAAUUGUGGUCCCAGUACCUCACGCCAAAGUUGUCAGACCAUAAUCGAACGCUAUGAGGAUCAGAAUCGGAGUGGUCUUGAGCCCUUGGAACAUACCAGUGAUACUGAUGAGCAUCAAACCCUCAAACAUACUGUUCUUCUGAUCAUUCUGCUCUGCUCCAUGUUUGUGGGUUUGGCUGUGUCCAUUUGGACGCUCGUCAUGGAGGGCAUGUCGGGCAUAUAUCUGGAAUUGAGUUUCCUCGAUGCCUUCCUCAACUUUGGUCAGGGUUUGAUUGUGUUGGCUGUGUUUAUAACCGACAUGGGUGAGCUGCUAAUGCCUGUGGUGAAGAUUUGGCGCAAGUUGUGGUAUGGAGCCAAUGUGGUCAGUCUACCCCAUUGGUCGAAUGUUCGUCCGGAAACCAAGCACAUCUGCGAACAGUUCCGCAAUCAUCAUUUGGAGAACUGCAAGAAGGAUAUUGCCAAAGACAGAAGGUGGCGCAUCCGUGUGUAUCGCAAGGUAUUCUAUGGCAGCGAGUUCGUCAGCUGGUUGAUCGAGGUGGGCCUGUCCAAGGAUCGCAUGGAGGCUGUGCAUUAUGCCCGACACUUGGUCGAUGGACGAGUGCUGCGGCACAUCAACAACGUGUAUCAUUUCGAGGAUAAACUGCUGCUAUACAAUUUCUGCAGUCGCAUCUAGAGAGGCAGCCAACAAAGAUGAAGCAACUACGCCAAAUUUAGUUUCAAUCGAUUUCCUGUUUAGUUUAUCCAUGUACUAUAUCUCUUUGUAUGUAAUUUUUUUGACUGCUGUGAUUGUUCGCCAAACAAGCACACACACAUUACAGCCAAAAUGUGUGUGUAUGAGCGAGUGUGUGGGAGUGAUGAGGAGGAUGAGCUAGUGAAUUUUUGUUUAUAAUAUUGUCCAAGUAAUUCGCUUGGUUUAUUUUUUUAAAUGUUUAUUACUAAGAGUAGUUGACUCAGCUAACAGCUUGAGCUUUUAUAUAUAGUGCAAUAUAUAUAUAGAAAUAGAAAUACUGAAAGAAAGUUUCCUAAAUAUGCUAAACGAAAAUUCUGUGUCACAAUUUAAAAAAUAAAAUGAAAAAAGAGAAAACUGUGCAUAAAACGCUAUAAACGAAUAUAACUAAAUAUGUAUACAGAACACUUAGGAUAGUAAACAUCCAUAUAUAAAUAAAUAUAUAUAUACACAAGCUUAUAUACCUCAGAA